AUGUAUCCACAUCGCUAUCACAGAACACCAAAGCUUUCAGAAAAGAUUAAUGAGAGCGACCUGAGCCCAAAUGAAGAAGAGAUCCAGCGCAAGACGAACUGUAGGAGGCAGAGGAGGAGUAAGCGGAAGAAGAGUGACAGUGAAGUAAACACAGAUGAGAGGUGGGGUUGUGACAUCCUGGAUCUCAUCAACAGAACACACGAGGCAAACAGUGUUACUGAGGAAGAUGAAGGAGCGGUUACAGCCGACAAAGAAGUGGAGGAGUUUGAUGAAGACUGUCUUUCUGAUGACUGCAGCAUAGUCUCUGGUCCCUCCAUCCUCUUCAAGGCCAGUCCUAUAAAAGAGAGUCAGUCACAGAGCCUGUGCUCGGCCUGUCAGAAACUAUACCUGAAUGCAAAGAGGAUGAAAGAGCCAAUCGUAGACAAACUCUUAGACAAUGGUGGGUGCACACAUUUCUUAUGUCUGUGUGGGUAUUUGGGGCACUGCUACAGCAACAACAGAAGGAAAUGACUGUAAAUUAACACAUCAUAAAGGCACCAUAAACACACUUCUUAACUCUUUGCACAUAAUUGUGUACUUCAUCGUUGUGGAUAUGAAGCUCUAGGAUCUCAGUGGAUCCCCACUUUGUUGCAGAUCUCUGCUAGCUGGGCUGGGUAGAUACUGCCCUCCAGUCUGGAUUGACAUUUUUGAAUAUCUGAGAUUUGUGCUUUGUCUAAAUGAGACCUAGUUAAUUCAUCACUCAAGGGGCUGAAGACCUUGAUUUUGCAGGUUUGUCUUCGUGUUCAACUUACAGAUGCAUCAUAACACUCUCCAUGUUUUUUUGGUUCAGAUCCCAUGUCCCUAACAUGUGACCAGUGGGUCCUAAUCAAGAGCUGGCAUCCAAGGAGGCUGCCCAAUCCAGGAGGGUGAGAGUGCCUGUUUAUGAAUGGAGUAUUUGAUUUAUUUGCUAUUUAGUACUGAUUCAACACCUACUUAACUUUGUUCUCAGGAAGCUUUUGACCCAUGUAACACUGGUUAAGAGAAGACUCCGGUUAAAAGGCAGUACAAGCCAAACUAAGCGGUGUGUGAGAGAGGGAGAACCAUCAGCCUGCUCAAGGCCGCACAAUUUCCUCCAGAGGUAAUGAUCCCAUAUCACAUCAUCUCCCUCCUCAAAGGGCUGUUUUUUUUCAUGUAUGACCGUUAUUUCAAUAGUGACUGUAAUACACAGAAUGCAGGCCAGUCUGCACACACACACACACACACACACACACACUUCUGGCCAUUCACAGUUAAAGUCGUACAGGUUAAUAUAACAACACAUUUGGUGUGUUUAAGUUCAGGUAUACAGUCUGAAUAGAUUUACCUACACAAGGUCAUAAUUCCUGUCAAGCACUUUAUGUACUUAAAAAACCCAAUUCCAUUGAAGUUGGGAAAUAGUGAUAAACGUAAAUAAAAAGAGAAUACAGUGAUUUGCAAAUCCUUUUCAACCUAUAUUCAAUUGAAUACACUACAAAGACAACAUAUUUAAUGUGCAAACUCAUAAACUUUAUUUUUUUCCAAAUAAUAAUUUACUUUAGAAUUUGAUGGCAGCAACACAUGACAAAGAAGUUGGGAAAGGUGGCAAAAAUACUGAGAAAUUUGAGGAAUGCUCAUCAAACAUCUAUUUGGAACAUCCCACAGGUGAGCAGGCUAAUUGGGAACAGCUGGGUGCCAUGAUUGGGUAUAAAAGCAGCUUCCCGUCAUUCACAUGCAAGGAUGGGGUGAGGUUCAACACUUUGUGAACAACUGCGUGAGCAAAUAGUCGUACAGUUUAAAAACAACGUUUCUCAAAGUACAAUUGCAAGGAAUUUAGGGAUUUCCACAUCUGUGGUCUAUAAUAUCAUCAAAGGGUUCAGAGAAUCUGGAGAAAUCAAAACCCGCACUCUUUUACAACGAAGCCGCGCUGUUGUGGCUUCGUAGUAAAAGAGUGUGGGUACUCGACUGGCCUGCCUGCAGUCCAGACCUGUCUCCCAUUGAAAAUGUGUGGCGUAUUAUGAAGUGUAAAAUACAACAACGGAGACCCCGGACUGUUGAACAGCUGAAGCUGUACAUCAAACAAGAAUGGGAAAGAAUUACACCUUCAAAGUUUCAACUAUUAGUGUCCUCAGUUCUCAAACGUUUACUGAAUGUUGUUAAAAGGAAAGGUGAUGUAACACAGUGGUAAACAUGCCCCUGUCCCAACUACUUUAGCACGUGUUGCUGCCAUGAAAUUCUGAGUUAAUUAUUAUUUGCAAAAAAAAUAAAGUUUAUGAGUUUGAACAUUAAAUAUUUUGUGUAGUGAAUUCAAUUGAACAUAGGUUGAAAAGGAUUUGCAAAUCAUUGUAUUCUGUUUUUAUUUAUGUUUAUCACAAUUUCCCAACUUCAAUGUAAUUGGGUUUUGUACUUUAAAUGUGUCUUUGUAAAAACAACAGAAAUGUAUAUGUUCACUCUAAUUUUUGAGUCAUUCAUUUGUUCUGUUCAGUGAAUAUAUACAUUAAUCGUGCACUGUUUUAAGUAUGCAUCAGUUAAUCAGAUAUCAUAAGUUAUCAGCUGUUUUGCAGUUUAUCCAUAAUCGAGAAUCUCUGUAUCGUGGUAUUACUGUUGGCCAUGCAUUGUGAAUCCAAUCAUGAGUCACAUUGCCCUUCCCAGCCCUUGUUACAAACCGCAGUAGAGGUCCAUAUAUUUCUGAGUAAUGGGUCAUUAAAAAAAGACUGGUUCAAGAUUUUUUUUGAUCAUAUUCAUAAUAAUGGUGAACAUAUGGGUCUGUGAUUAGAUGUGUUCCCUGGCAAAGCUGUCAGGUCUGAAAUGUGGUUACUUUCAGUGUUGUGUUAUCUUUAUUUGUGUCAGGAACCUCAGACGGUGGGCCAGAGCACCUGUGAAAAAAGUAACGAAGAAGAAGAACAAGAAAAAAAGAAAAACAGAUGACCCCAGAGGUUCUCGUGCCGCUAAGCAGCAGCGUCUUCACAGCAACAAUCACCAUCAACAUGUCAGGACUGUCAGUACUGAUAGCAACAGCCAUCACUUCACCAGCAGUCCCAGCAGAAGCCCUGUUCAAGAGCAACAUCGCAAUCAAGAAAUGGACUCUGUGACUGUGAAGUUGAUUCCAUGCUCAGUCAUUCUAAAGGAUAUUAAUAAAUUCCCACCCAAACAGAGCACAGUAAAGAAGAAGAGGACCGCGUUCAGAGAUUUGCUGGCUCAGCUGAAAGGCAACAGCAACAUGAUUGUCAGAGAAACACGUUAG